AUGGUUGCGGCACCCGCCAGAAAAACAAAUGCAAGCAAAAGCCGGUCCCCAGCCAAGGACCGCAGAGCGGUAAGCAGGACACAGAGUGCUGAAGCAUCGCUUGUGUCAUCAAGCGCUCCCAGCUCACCAGCCAAGACUGAGACGCCGAGAACUGCCCGCUAUUCGCAUCACCUUCCGACAGACCAGCAGCGAAAGGGGAAUGGACGUGUUGCUGGCCGAAACCUGAUUAUGUGGAAUCGUCCACGAAUGGCUGAGAAGCUGCUACUGCACAUCCACUACGAGUGUAGUCGACAUAAGCUCCAGCUGCCUUGGGAUGCUAUUGCUCAUCGUUUCCAUCCCGGAUCGUCGGGAGCUGCCAUAAUUCAGCACAUUAAUCGUCUUCGCCGCGAGGUCCUGGUCGAAGGCCAUCUUGUCCCGCCUCUCACUCAGAGGUCUACAGCGACGCCGAAUGAUCCUAACCUCCGUGGAUACGUCCGUAGAGGCACCGAGGGCGACUACGUCGAGACAACUCGUCCUGUGUAUUUUGACGAGAGACUUGACGACCCCAAGUUUAGUAUCCCGGGUGACUUUCCCUUUAACGAAGAGUCAAUGGAACCCGAGGUUGGACUGGGCACCUCGUCGGCUGGCUCAGAGGAAGGAGACUACCGCCAGGACUCGCCCACUCCAAUGACACGGAAUAGCCUAAAAUCGUCAAAUGGCUCCAUGGAAUUUUAUGAGACCCUUGCGCCGCAAUUCGUGGCCCCAAUUGAAGUUGUGAGAGACACACGACCGCCCCAUCUCCAACAGCACGUCUGUCAUGAGGCAGUGGAAAUGGAACCCACUCACAGCCGACACUUCUCGCAUGAAUCAGACUCUGGUACCAAUCCGUUUAAAGGCACAGCUUCGCCCAACGAAUCGUUUGAGACCGACAUCUCGGCGGUAACACCAGGGCACGUCGCCUUUCCCAGCGUGCCUCAUCAACACACGAAUCACGGUUACAGAAUGGCUGCCCUGCAAAGCUGGUCGCACCCAUUCAUGUACCAAAUGAGCCUACCACCAAAGAUGCACACGUCUGCUUUUAGCUUUGAUCACCAGGACUGCUUACAGGCCUCUUUCCACAUGGGGAUGCCUUUUGCCAUGACUAGCCCAUAUGAGCCGUACAUGGCAGUAGACCCAGGCCUCAUGAAACAAGGCACUGCGCAGCCCGUUGCAGUUGCUGCUGCCGCCGCAAAGGAGGGAGCAAUGCAGGCUGAGCCGGCUACAGCUCACGGUGCACGAAUUGGAGAUCCAUGCAUUGGCGUAGCUGAUGCGGACGAAACCAAGGUCGCCGAUAUUUCGACACCACUUACGUAG